AUGGAUGAUCACUUGCUAGAUCAGUUCGAAAGCGCAUUGUCUAAUUCUGGCAUUAAACUUCGCUUUUUCUCCGGGGGCUGGGAUACUCUAGAGCUUGGGACGCCUGCGGAUAUUUUACUCACCAGUGAAACCACCUAUGCCUUAGAAACGAUACCCUCGUUGUGCCGCGCACUAAAAGCAGCAAGUUGGCCCACAAAUGAUAAUGAUAUGGGUGGCAUUAUCCGUGAAACAUCCAUGAUUUUGAUUGCCUCUAAAGUUUUGUACUUUGGAUUCUUGCGCACCAAGGAUGGUGUAAGCAAGUACGAUCUUUUACAGCAGGGGUAG